UAUUUAUAUAAUUUUUUACCUCUAAUACACCACUAUGUCCAACUGCAUUCAGCACUCGUUAGUAAGGUCUGAUCGCGCUCUGAUGACGGAAGUGAUGUCUCGCACUCAUAAGCCCUGUUCGGACGGGAUUAGUGUUACAUGGGGAGGUGGGGGUAAAGUAAUUAUUACCAGAGCUUCUCUGUGAUUUUAGUCCCGUCCGAAUGUGCCAUCUCGGUAAUCAUUACUCGGGAAAAAUUACCUCAGGUAAUACUAAUCCAGUCCGAAUAGACCCGCUGUAAAUAUGUACGGUAAAAUUCUGUCAUUUCCUGUUUAAAAGUAGUUUUCUGUGCAUUUUUUCAAGCAUGGAAGCACUUGAAGAAACAUUCAUUUGUGUUGUAGGUGGUGGGACAAGUCUGUUGCAAACCUCAAGUAUUUUCUACAUACCUUUCAGAGCAAAAAGAAGAUUGAAGCACUUCAGAGACACAAAACUAAUUUUAUCUUUAGCUAAGUGCCUAUUACCAUCAUAAUCCAAUCAGAAUUUAAUUAAUAAGUCAUUUGACCGGACCUAACAGUUAUAUAUAGUUUAUAUAGUUAGAUUAUAUGUGUUUGUGCACAUGGUAUCAGAAAGCAACGUAUACCCACAUGACGACAGGGAGGUGACGGGGGUGCGUAAAUCGAGUUACCCCUCCACACUUCUGCUAGUUUUACUGCGAUGUCUUGUCCCGUGCGAAUUGGCCAAUUAAUAUUACAGACGUCCUGAGAUAAAAUUACUUUACUCCACCUCCCCAUGUAAAACUAAUCCUGUCCGAAUAGGGCUAUUGAAGUAUAAGCGCGAGACAUCACUCCCAUUGUCAUCACUGAGGUCCAGAAAAGGCCUUCAUUGUCUGACAAGUCAAACCCCCUUUUCAAGGAUACUUUAAAGAAAAUGGAAAUAUGGAAUACAAUCGGUCAGUAAAAUAUAUAGCUUUAGAGUAAAAACUCUAGCAGUUCAAAAGGCUUACGCUAUGUCCUACGCCUUCCCUAUUCAACUUACGGAAAAAGCUAGCGUAACUUGAAUAGGAAAGGCGGUCUGGCAGAAACUAGAUAUUUUACUUCAUACUGUAACUUAUGGUAUUGUUUUUACACAAACGCAUCGCUUUGCUUCAGAAGGCCUUUAUUAACCCCCCAGAGCCGUGUGGAAUACACUUUUAUGAUGGAUGGAUGUGGAGGUUUGACAAAUGCAUCUUAUCAGCUUCAUCUGCUAUAAAGACAGCAAACACUGUGUGAAGUCUCUAUGGGAAGCAGAAAGUGUACGACUUCAGUGCUCCAUUUUCAACUUCUGCCCUGACUUCAAGAGGCAAAUCUCGUUGAUCUAUUCACUGACAUGCCAGGGAAAGAGUAGAGCAGGGCACUGCCUCUAAAAUGAGUCGCUGUGAGGAGAGAGAGGAGGAUGCUGUUCAGAUCCAGACAGCAGCAUCUCCAGGCUCUAGCUGUGUGUCUAUGAAGAGUAACAGCUCUAUGAUCAAACCUCCUGUCUUUAGUGAUGGAGCGGGAACCUCUAAUUCUAGCUCCACUACAGCAGCCGAUGUGCUCUGUGCUGCUUGCUGUGAGAGGAAGCCUAGAGCUGUGAAGUCCUGUCUGACCUGCGCUGCGUUCUACUCCCAGACCCACAUCAGGCAGCACUACUCCGAGCCAGCCCUGCACACACUGGUUGAGGAGAUUGGAGAUCUGGAGCAGGAUUCACCCAAACUAGUGGAUGAUGUCUUGCAGAGAGUCAAAGAGAAACACAAAACCAGCAUGAAAAGGAAGUAUGAGAGCUUAUUUGAAGGAAUCAAACUACAAGAGAAUCAAACCCUCCUGAACAGUAUUUACACUCAGCUCUACAUCAUAGAGGGAGAGAGAGAAGGAGUGAAUGAAGAACAUGAGGUUUUACAGAUGGAGAAAACACCCAGAACACAACACUCACAAGACACUCCAAUCUACUGUAAUGACAUUUUUCAUCCCUUACCUGAACCAGGAUAUGAGAAGAAGAAACGAAUGAAGAAAGACCAGAUCAAGACUGUUCUAACUAAAGGCAUCGCUGGAAUCGGAAAAACCGUCUCUGUGCAGAAGUUCAUUCUAGACUGGGCCGAGAAAAAAUCCAAUCAGGAUGUAGAUUUCAUGUUUGUGCUUCCGUUUCGAGAGCUGAACUUGAUUAAAGAUGUGCAGUUCAAUCUUCACAGACUUCUGCUGGACUUUCAACCUGAACUUCAAGAUCUGGACCCAAAGUUAUAUGAUCAAUGUAAAGUUGUGUUCAUCUUUGAUGGUUUGGAUGAAAGCAAAAUUAAACUUAAGUUUUCAGACAGUGAGAAAGUUUCUGAUAUGACUGAGACGUCAUCAUUGGGUGUGUUGAUGUCAAGCCUCAUAAAAGGGGAUCUGCUUCCCUCUGCUCUCAUCUGGAUCACCUCCAGACCAGCAGCAGCCAAUCAGAUCCCCUCCAAAUACAUCAACCGUCUGACAGAGAUUCAGGGAUUCAAUGAGCCUCAGAAGGAGGAAUAUUUCAGGAAGAGAAUCAGUGAUCAGCAUCAAGCCAGCAGAAUCAUCUCACACAUUAAAGCAGCAAGAAGCCUCCACAUCAUGUGUUACAUACCAGUGUUUUGUUGGAUCUCUGCCACUGUGCUUCAAAACAUCAUGAAACAAGAUCACUGUGCAGAAAUCCCCAGAACUCUGACUGAAAUGUACAUACAUUUCUUGAUUAUUCAGACAAACAUAAGAAAUGAGAAGUAUGAUGAGAGAGAUGAGAGUGAUCCACAGAAACUCCUGCAGUCAAACAGGGAAGUGAUUGUGAAACUUGCUGAAGUGGCUUUCAAACAGCUGAUGCACGGAAAUAUAAUGUUUUAUGAGGAGGACCUGAGAGAGUGUGGCAUAGAUAUCACUGAGGCCUCAGUGUAUUCUGGGAUUUGCACUGAGAUCUUUAAAGAAGAAUAUGUGAUUUAUCAGAGAAAAGUCUACAGCUUCAUACAUCUGAGUUUUCAGGAGUUUCUUGCAGCCUUUUAUGUCUUUUACUGCUAUGUAAAUAACACUUCUGAUGCUUUGAAAGUUUUUGAUUUACUUCAUAAUUUGCAUAAAGGAGUACUGGAUAAAACUCUAAAGAGUGAGAAUGGACGCAUGGAUCUUUUCCUCCGAUUUCUGCUGGGCGUCUCACUGGAGUCCAAUCAGAGACUCUUACAGGGGCUACUGACACACACAGAGAACAGCUCAGAGAGCAUCAAGGAAACCAUAAACUACAUUAAAGACAGAAUUAAAGAAUGGAAAAACACACUCUCUGCUGAAAGAUCCAUCAAUCUGUUCCUCUGUCUGCUUGAAAUGAAUGAUCAGACUUUGCACAGAGAGAUUCAGGAGUUUCUGAAAUCAGAGAAACACUCAGAAAAUGAACUCUCUGCUGCACACUGCUCAGCAAUAGCCUACAUACUUCAGAUAUCAGAGGAGACGGUGGAUGAGCUGGACCUUAAGAAAUACAACACAUCAGAUGAGGGUAGAAGAAGACUGAUACCAGCUGUGAGAAACUGCAGAAAAGCUCUUCUUUCUGACUGCAAAGUUACUGUUCAGUCCUGUGAAAUUGUGGCCUCAGCUCUACAAUCAUCAGACUCUCCCCUGAUAGAGCUGGAUCUGAGUAACAAUGACCUACAGGAUUCAGGAGUGAAGCUGCUCUCUACUGGACUGAAGAGUCCAAACUGUCAGCUGCGGAUACUGAGAUUAUCUGGCUGUAUGGUGACACAGGAAGGCUGUUCUUAUCUGGCUUCAGCUCUGACUUCAAACCCCUCACACCUGAGAGAGCUGGAUCUGAGCUACAAUCACCCAGGAGUUUCAGGGGUCAAGCUACUCUCUGAGAGACAGAACCAUUCAAACUGCAAACUGGAGAUACUCAAUUUGGACCAUGGAGAACAUUUCAGAAUCACACCAGGACUACAAAAAUAUACCUGUGAUCUUACACUGGAUGCAAACACUGCAAACAGUCAUCUUUCUCUGUCUGAGGGGAACAGAAAGGUGACACGGGUGGAAGAGAAGCUGCCUUAUCCUGAUCAUCCAGAGAGAUUUGACUGCUUUGAACAAGUUUUGUGUAGAGAGCGUCUAUCUGAACGCUAUUACUGGGAGGCUGAAUGGAGUGCAAGGGGAGCUGGAUUGUCAGUGACAUAUAAGGGAAUCGGAAGAUCAGGAAGUGACUGUAGGUUUGGCCUCAAUGAAAUGUCCUGGAGUCUAGUCUGCUUUGAUAACAAAUACUCUGCCUGGCACAGUAAUAAGAGAACCAACUUAACUGCCCCUUCUCCCCCCUCUAACAGAGUAGGAGUGUAUCUUGACUGGAAAGCCGGCAAGCUGUCCUUCUACAGUGUCUCUGACACACACAGACUUAUUCACUUACACACAUUCCACUCCGAAUUUAAUGAGCCCCUCUAUGCUGGAUUUAGGCUUUAUCCAGAUUCUUCAGUUUCUUUAUGUUAAAACGAAGACCUUCAUGAUAUAUAUAAUAUAUAUUAGGGCUGCCAAUAGAUUAAUCGCGCACUCUUAAUCGCGAUUAAUCGUGAUUAAUUGCACACUUGUCGUGAAAUUAAGCGUACACCAUUUAUCUUGUUUUGUAUAUUAUUUUGUAUAUUUUGCCAUCAUUGCCUAUAUCCAGCAAAGUAAACCAUCAAAUUGAAGUGUGAUUUUCACAAAACUGUAUUUUUCAGCUUUUUUCAAGGUAAAUUUAGACGUCUUUCCAAAAGGACACCAAAUAACCAAAUGAUAUGAUCUCAUAUAAUUCAUACAUUUAUGUACACCAGAGAACCCAUAAAAAAAAAAUCACAGCCAAAAAAAGUUUCAGAAUUCACAGUGUAUAGUAUGUGCAACAGCAAAGAGCUUGUUUACAUUAUAAACAAGUCAAGUUGUGAUACUGAACAGGACCACAUAUGGAGAUGCCAGAAAAACUAAACCAACCACCUUGACCUGCAUAUAUAAGUACACAGCAACAUACAGAGGACAAAUCCAAACAUUAUCCUGAAUGUGUGUGAAAACAAUGUGAAUGUACUGAAAUGUGUCUGUGAAUAAAUACAAUGUGAGAUCAGUGCAUCUAGAGUGCUCAUACAUGAUUUGUUAGCCCAUCAAAGGACUCACAUGUGCUUCUGUACGUCACCGCAAUCAUCUUUACUUUGAUUGCAAUUUCUCAUCCAUCAAAACUUUCAUAGCAAGAAGCUGGUUUGCUUUAUCCAGCCAAGAAACAUACAGCUGGCCAUACAGCAGUGGGAUGUUUUGACGUUCCAUUCAGACAGGAACAGUGCGAUGCGGGAGGGCUCGUACUCUUCAGAUACAAUGAUACAAUAUGACAGAGUUCGUGUUUUAAAGCGAAACACUGAAAUGAAUAAUCCUCUCUGCCAUCUCUGAUAUAAUCAGCAUGGACUUUUAAGAUCAUCUAACUGCUUGACGUAAAUUACGUUAUGACUCAAUUUCACAUGCUUCCGGCAUUUUUUUGCAUUAAAUAAGUCAAUCGUAAUCGAACAUCUGACACCGCCCACACUGGUGAUCAGGAAAGGUCCACAAGCUGGAAUUCAAACUUGGGUCGAUAGGAUAUCAUUUUCAACUUGACCACAAUGUUUUAUUCUCCAUCAUUCAAUACAUUUUGCCUGUACAUAAAUGAACCUUUAUGUUAUGUCAUCGCAGAUUAAAGUCCAUAAACCAAAA